GAGCAGUUGGGUUUGACCCUGAUCAUCACCAUAUUUGACGAUAGCUACGAUGUUCUCUUCCCCAUCCUCGACGCCGCCAACCUCGCCUAGGCGUCGUCUUUUGUCGCGUAGAGGCUCCACGACUGCGUUCGAUCCGUAUGCUAAACACGCUGAAAUGAAUCGUCACCCCGACCGCUCGUCCUUCAGUACCCUUACCAUCGUCCGAGUUCCGCCGCAACAACCGCAACCUGAGCAUUUCGCUUUACAUGAACCAUCGAGCGCACGUAGACAUCACAAUCACACACGUACUGGGAGCGGUGGGAGAAAUGGAGGGUCCACAGGACCUGGAGGAGGUUCAAACUCUGUCUCAGGCCGUUUGAGUUUUGCUUUUUCCACUUUUGCACCCCCCGGAGGUCAUGGUAGAGGAGAACAGGCAUCAUCGCCGUCCUCAUCGCCGUCCUCAUCACCCAGACUUCGACCUUCUUCCCCUCAUCGUUCAUCAUUCACUGGAGGAGUGAAACCACGGUUGACUGCAGAUCAGCUGUACGAGUUAGCACAUCGCUCAACGAAUCCUGGUUAUCUCAACUUCAAUAAUAAUAUGGAGCAAAAUGCCAACUUCACUCCUCUCCCGCCCGCGGUCUAUCUACCGUUCAUCGACAGACCCUCUGAGGUAGCUGCUCUUCUAAACUCUACCCCAACCAAGAAAUUGUUCGCUCUACUCAGUCAAACUUUCCCAAAAGAAUCUUCUGCGUCAGUGACACAACCCCCCUCCACGGAUAUCACCCUAGAUAAAAUACCCUCCGACCCCACCAAAUGGACCUAUACACAUCUAGUCACAUUCACCACGCAGACGACACGUUCUGUCGUUCCAGAUGCGCUUUUUAUCGCUCUAUUGAGGAAAUGCAUAUUGUAUCGGAGCGAACUUAUCUGGGAACGUGUCAAAGGCGCGUUAGGAGUUCCACCUGAGUUGGAUAUUGAUCUGGAUGUGAACUUUAGCGUGGAAGAAUCUGGCAACGUUUUCGAUUCUUCAUCUUCGGAAAGUGGGGCAAAUAGCGAUAUGGAAGAUGGUGGAAUGAAGGCGAAAGGGGAUCGGGAAGGUUGGGACAUGGUUGAGAGUCCUGUCGUGGAGAAGGAGCAUGUCCUAGGUAUUUCCGAGGGGGAGAAGGAACAGGAAGAGUUUAAAGCCAAGGUCAAUGCUGCGCUGAACGCUCCCCCUCGCGUUAAAGUAUCAGCCCUCGAGAAAUCCGAUUCAGCUGACUCUGGCCAUACCACCAUCUCCCCAACACCACGUGGUAGAAAUACACCACCAUCUUCCAAGCAUAAAACCCUUCCUUCAACCGCAUCCAUAGCGGAGAGCAACGAGGAGCUCUCGCCUGUUCCACAAAUUGUGACGCAAUUACCGACACCCAACACGUCCAAGCAUAGCUUCGAUACUACGCACAAACCACCUCGCACUGUAUCCCUAUCUAGGCACCGCACUCUGAGCACCGGACACACUCGUUCAUCCUCUCUUUCAUCCUGGCUGGGUAGCGCUGUCUCUCCUGAACCUGAACCUGAGCCGGACUGGUCGUCAUCAACCCCUGCCGACUUCGGCUCUAAUCAUGUAGACUUUGGUCUGAGUUCGUCUCCGGUGGACGACUUUGGCGGCGGUUCCCCAUACCUGGAAUCCUCUGUGUCAGUUGAUUUAUUAUUCAUCGAGCCUGUGGUACCCUUGUUAUCACCAGGUGUACUAUCUCCUGGUGUGAAUCCGCCGCCGUUGUCGUUGGAAGGUGGUACGAGUGUGGGUGGGGAGGGAGGUUUAGGUGAUAUCAUUGAAGGUGAAGAGGAGGAAGAUGGUGCCAACGAGGAUCAAGAGAAGAAAGAGGAAGAUUUGAAGAAGCUCCAGGUCCAAGGGUUGCGACUUUCCCUAUCUUCCUCAAACUCUACGCCUAGCUCUCCUACUAUUGGUUCACCGAACCGACUAUCGUGGCAUAGCAGUUAUAGCGGUGGCAACAGUCCUAUUUCAUCUCCUGUCACUGAUUCGAACCGGCCGCCUAGUUGGGGCUCGUCUUCUCGUAGAAGUUCGUUUGGAACUGGUUCUCCUGCAGUGUUGACGAGGACAGGGUCGAGUGGAAGCUUGACAGGGAUGGCUAUGCAGUUGAGUGCCAUGGGAGGCCCCAGUAGUUGGAGCUCAGCACAAGGCGACACGGGAAUUGGGUACCGCUACGACCCUGUAGGCGACAGAGUACCCGGGAACCCUUUGUUCCCUAGUAAUUUUUCACGUUUAACUUCUGGACCUACUUUGGCGGCGAACAACCCAUCGCUCCGUUCUCUAGCCAUGCCACCCGCCACCCGAUUCAGUCGCCCUACGCUGAAAUUGAGAAGGGGUUCUAAUACCUCCGUGUCAGAUUAUGCUGUGACACUUUCGAGUGAAGGGAUAUAAACCGCCAUCGGAAUGCUAGAAAGGUUUCGUCUUGUUCACUCAAUUAACUCCGGGGUAAACAUGAUUACAUUUUCCCCUUACCGAAGGAUCAUUGCUUUCACACUGCUCUCUCAUCGUUGUUAUUCUCAAAAAAGCGGCUAUAUUUCAUCUGGAUCCGUGGCGAUACACACGUAACGCGCCGCACGUCGGGUAAUGGUAUAAUAUUAUGUUGUGUGUAAAGUAAAUGUGGAUUAUUUCUCGGACUUGCAAUAAAAUGCAGGUUUGUGUUGACUGCAGUGCGU